AUGGCCUGGACAUUGUAUAGUGUUUUUGUUCUGUGUGUGUGCUCGGUGGUAAGGACUCAGGUCAUACCAAGCAAAACUAGAACAAGCGACGGUGAUUAUAACAAUGUUAAUCCAGAUGGAUCAUUUGAUUUUGGAUAUGCAAACAAAGACCGUGGCGGUAGUUACCACUUAGCGCGUGGAAACGCCAAUAAUGUAGUGGGAGGAAGGUUCGGAGCGAGGGAACCCGGAACUGACGAAAUUAAAGAAACUAUAUACACUGCUGGUCCCAGAGGGUUCCGAGCUAAAGGCCCUAAUGUCCAUCGAAAAAUUGACCUGGAUCAAAGACCUCGAGGCGCCAUUGGAAACAAAGACGACCCUUACUUCGAUCCUAAUGAAGACCCGAGCUACUCCUACAAAAUCGAAACCAGAACUUACUCCAAGAACGAAAAUGCUGAUAGUCGGGGCGAUGUGACAGGACAUUAUUCAUUCGUGGACGAUAUUGGCGAACGACAUGAUGUAUCCUACAUAGCUGGAAAAGACACAGGCUUUCACGUAUCAUCAGCUCAUCCAGACGCUCCCAAUCUUAUCGGAGCACCGUUUCAUCGAGCACCACUUGUAAGAGGAGAGAGCACGUCAAGAGGUCGUACUGCCGUACAGAGAGGGCUUGAUGGUUCCUACAGAUUUAUUUCUGCGGGUCCUGACCAAAGAAGAACCGAGAGCAGCGACUCACACGGUAACGUCAGAGGAUCGUACACGUUUUUGGACGAUAAAGGGGUACAAAGGACGGUACACUAUAUAGCUGGACCAGGCAUUGGAUAUAGAAUCGUGAAGAAUAGCAACGAUCCUUUCAUCCCCUCUUAUUUCCCUACUCUCCCCAGUGCUUAUGACCCAGCGUUCAAUGCGGGAGGAAGUUCUGGUUCACCAACCUUCACUUCGAACGAUGAAACUAACGAUGACGUAUUCAAAGGGCCAGAUGGAACAGCUGCAUCAGGGCAUGUAAAACCACCUCCAUUUCCUAUAUCCGACAGUGACAGACCCAGUAAACCCGUGAGCGCCAGUACUAGUACAGGAAAUUCUGAAGAAGAACCUGCCGGAGAAAGUUAUGGUCAGGAACCGCCUUUUGUCGAUGAUUCUGGAAGCCAAGACUUGGCUGACUUGAGCUACGUCGAUGAAGACGCCACUAGUUUCGCAGGCUCCAAACCAACUUCUGGACCAGGCAAACCGUGGCGUCCCACCAGCAAACCUUAUAGGCCGACGAAGAAACCUUACAUACCAUUUAAGCCUCCCCAAGGAACGAAUGAUAUACACGAUGAUUUUGAAGUUGAUGAUGGUGAUAAAAGUAAACCAGAAUUCGCGAUAGGUUUUAAUAUACAACAUAAAAAGCCUGGCACUACUAUUAUUAGGAAUAUAGGCGAAGAUUACUUCGGCAUACCGCCUGGUGUGUCAGUCAGGGCUCAUGUACAAAGCAUUGAUUUAUACCCGUUUGGUUCAAAACCAAUAUCGCCUUCUGAAGCUUUAGAAAACGACGAAACGUAAUUUAAUACGAUAAAUAGAACCGGUACUACAUUAGGAUUCGAAAAAUUGUAUACAAAAUCGAACACAGUUAUGCAGUAAAUAAAGAUAUUAUACUUUC